CACGUGACGCGGGCGUUCUGUACCGUAGCCUCGGCUUGUUUCUUUGAAAGAGGAAACGCGCCGCAUUCACUCCUCACUGGCAUCGUCUCUGAGGGGACAGAGCUCAGAAAAUAUUUUGUUUAUUUUCGCUACAAUUCACUAAGAAACCUAGGCAGCGGGUCGUUUUUCUUUUACUUCAUCAUUUCGCUAUUUUACCACUAUUUCGCCCAACAACCAUUAGAAACGCCAACCUUGCUUCGAAGACUACACCUGUCCCAGCAUCAACAUCUGAUCUGAGUGAGAUUCCGCAAAGCUACUGAGUGGACAAAACAUUCUCCAGAUCAAGACAUAUUUGGAAACAAGAUGGCAGAAUCCCGCGAAUAUCUGACCCGCUAGAACGUCCUGGUCUGGUCAAGUCCUUUUUGCCAUCACCUGCUCUGACUCUUCUAAAGAGCAGCAGAAUGGAUGAGCAGAGGUGCACUCUUCCACCUCCUCUCAAAACAGAGGAAGAUUACAUUCCAUAUCCCAGCGUCCAUGAGGUAUUGGGUCGAACAGGCACUUUACCACUCAUUCUGCUGCCCCAGUUUGGGGGUUACUGGAUUGAAGGGACCAAUCAUGAUUUAGGCUCCUCCUCCACACCAGAGGAACCGCCCCCUUGCCCUGCAUCACAGGUUAAACUGGAGACGAACAGCAUCGCCAAUAUCUAUAGGAAACACUUCCUGGGCAAGGAGCACUUUAAUUAUUACUCGGUGGACAGCGCUCUGGGCCACCUGGUCUUCUCGGUCAAGUAUGAUGUGAUUGGAGACCAGGAGCACCUUCGACUGUUGCUUAGGUCAAAGUUUAAAACCUACCAUGAUGUGAUACCAAUUUCUUGUCUGACCGAGUUCCCUAAUGUUGUCCAGAUGGCGAAGCUUGUCUGUGAAGAGGUGAAUGUGGACAGAUUUUAUCCUGUCUUAUACCCAAAGGCAUCUAGACUUAUUGUGACCUUUGAUGAGCAUGUCAUCAACAACAACUUCAAGUUUGGAGUCAUCUACCAGAAAUUUGCACAGACAUCAGAAGAGGAGCUAUUCGGAAACAAUGAGGAAAGUCCAGCUUUUGUUGAGUUUCUGGAGUUCUUGGGAGAGAAGAUUGAACUUCAUGAUUUUAAAGGCUUUCGUGGUGGCCUGGAUGUGACACAUGGUCAGACAGGAAGCGAGUCAGUCUAUCACAACUUCCACAAUAAAGAGAUAAUGUUCCACGUGUCCACUAAGCUGCCAUACAUUGAAGGUGAUACCCAGCAGCUGCAGAGGAAGAGGCAUGUAGGAAAUGACAUUGUGGCUAUUGUGUUCCAAGAAGAAAAUACACCAUUUGUACCCGAUAUGAUUGCAUCAAAUUUCCUUCACGCUUACAUAGUGGUGCAAGUGGAGAACGCCUGCACUGAUAACGUCCUUUAUAAGGUAUCUGUGACGGCAAGAGAUGAUGUGCCUUUCUUUGGACCUGCCCUCCCAGACCCUGCUGUCUUUAAAAAGAGUGCAGAGUUUCAUGAGUUCCUCUUGACCAAACUCAUCAAUGCUGAAUAUUCCUGCUAUAAAGCGGAGAAGUUUGCCAAGCUGGAGGAGAGGACACGUUCUGCUCUGCUGGAGACUUUAUAUGAGGAGCUGCAUUUGAACAGCCAGUCCAUGAUAGGACUGGGAGGAGACGAUGACAAACUGGAGAAUGGAGGAGGAGGCGGCGGCGGCUUCUUUGAGUCUUUCAAGCGAGUAAUCCGAAAUAGAAGUCAGUCUAUGGAUGCCAUGGGCCUCAGCAACAAAAAACCACACACCGUCUCCACAAGCCACAGUGGAAGCUUUACACACAACCCCUCAGACACCCCCAAAACACCCGGCACUUCCUUGAUUAUUCCUGGAAAAAGCCCAACCCGUAAGAAAUCUGGUCCAUUCAGUUCCAGGAGGAGCAGCGCCAUUGGGAUUGAGAACAUACAAGAGGUUCAGGAGAGAAGCAGUCGAGAGGUGUCCCCUAGUCCACAGAGGACAUCUGAUGGUGUACACACCACUCAGGACCUCAGAUUAGACAACUCAUCCAGUCAGAGCUCCCCUGAGAUGCAAAUCACUAAGAUUGGUUCGGCCCUGUGCUGUCGAGCUCCCUCUAUCCCGGAGUCUCAGGAUCUGUCGAGCUCCUCGUCCAAUGCCAGUAGCUUCACGAGCGUGGUGGAAGAGAACGAGCAGGAACAUGAAGCGGCAGAGGACUACGACACCGGACUGGAGAGCCUGUCUUCAGCCGGUACGCCUCACAAACGAGAUUCGUUUACAUACAGCGGCGUGUGGUUGGAAGACGGCUCUGGUACUGAUAGUCAGAGCAGCUCACACGGUCCCUUGCGACAGCAAUCUGAACCUCAUCCAAAAACAGAAAGACAACACUCGAACUGCUAGCUGUCCUGUAGGCUGUAGAUGACUUCAUGGAUGUCCAUCAACAGCAUUUUCAUAAGCAGCCCUCUGCAGCGGACACUAGACGUGCUCACAAGAGUUCCUGUAGAGACACGGAUGUGAAGGGGAUUGAACUGCUAGUUCCAGCCCCGCGGCGUACAGUCGGGCAAGUGUGCAUCAGAAUAUCAGCGUGCUCUUGUAAGGACUCAACCCGUUUAUCUUCUAUCAUGUGGCUGUUGGUCUGUAGACACAAUAGCAAACCUGCCUGGCUUGUGCUAAAGGCUGGUACACGUCUAGAAGAACAGAAAAGAGCUGCCAGCUGGCAAUGAAUCACGCAUGAUUAUGGCCUUAUCAUAGGCUGCUUUCCUUCUUUCUUUCUUUUUUUUUUUUCCAACUGUAGCUCUCAUUGUGUGGGUUUGGGUUUUAUUUGUCAUAUUUAUUUAUUUAUUGAGGCUCACUGUGGUGAGUAGAUCUUUUAGUGACGGGGGUGGGAAGCUGUCACAAGCUUUCGGCAUCUUUAAGAAAAACAAAUGAGGUUAAACUUAAACCCAUCACGUGAACCCACAAAGUAAUACACAUCUAUGUGUGGUUCUGUUUUGUUGCCUUUUGUGUCAUGAUGUAAUGAUGUUGAAAAUGAAUAUAGGUAAAUGUUAAAUGUUGUAUUUCAGUGUAGUUCUCUAUCUUCUGGUGUCGAGCACCCAAGCCAUUUCCGAAUCCCGUCCAAUAAAUGAAGCGUAGGCAUUAUAAUUUAUGAUGAAUAGAUCAGGUGUGAUAUGCUGUAUACUUUUCAAAUAUUAUUUAUUAAGAUUAUGCUGUUUUACCGAUCAACAAAUUUUUGUAAGGCCACAGCUGUUUGUGGUAAAACUGACAUGUGUAAACUGUACACUAAUGUAGUAGCCUCAUGUUUUAAAGCUAGCUGUGCAGAUUAAAACAUCAGUGUCUCUCAAGUCAGAUAUAUUGAAGUCCUGAAGACAUUUUAGCUUAUAUGACAUGUGAGCAAUAUGAAUGUAAAACUGCAGACACAUAUAUGAUAGUGGAUAUGGAUUAUGGAAUACACUAGGUCGGAAUAUAUUGAUCAGAUGCUUUGUUCAAUAGCAAAUGUUGGGCAUUUUAUUUUGUUUUCAAACACAAAUGCACAUUUUAUUCAUGUAAUGUUUUUUGCGAACAA